AUGGCAGCAACUGUACCACCACAGCAAGUUACAGCUGCCCAAAAACUGGCCCAAGUGAACGAACAAACUUGGUUGACGAUGGGUAAUCUAGCAGAAAUGAUGACCGAUUACGAUAAAGCCAUGAGCUGCUAUGAAUCAGCCCUUAGACACAAUCCAUACAGUGUGGUUGCCUUGUCUCAAAUCGCGUCCUUGUGCAGAGGCCGUGAACAGUUUGGUAGAGCAGUUGAUUAUUUUAAACGCAUUUUGGCUAUUCAAGAGAACAAUGGAGAAACUUGGGCCGCUCUGGGUCAUUGCUAUCUAAUGAUGGAUAAUCUUCAAGAAGCCUAUCAAGCCUACCAGCAAGCUCUAUACCAUCUCUCGAAUCCCAAGGAUCCUAAACUUUGGUAUGGUAUUGGUAUUCUUUAUGAUCGGUAUGGCUCGUUAGAACAUGCAGAGGAGGCCUUCUCAGCUGUAAUGAAGAUGGAUCCCAAAUUCGAAAAGGCAAAUGAGAUUUAUUUCAGAUUGGGCAUCAUCUACAAGCAGCAACAGAAAUACGAUCUCUCCCUUCAGUGCUUCCGUUAUAUCCUUCAUAAUCCACCAAGACCUUUAACUGAAUCCGAUAUUUGGUUCCAAACUGGUCAUGUCUAUGAACAACAAAAAGAGUAUGAACUAGCAAAAGAAGCCUACGAACGUGUACUUGCUGAGAACCCUGAUCACGCCAAAGUAUUGCAACAAUUGGGUUGGUUGUACCAUCAACAAAACACGUCCUUUUGUAAUCAAGCAUUAGCCAUUCAGUACUUGACCCGUUCUCUCAAAUCCGACAGCAACGAUGCUCAAUCCUGGUACUUGUUGGGCCGUUGUUACAUGGCCGAACAAAACUACAACAAGGCUUACGAAGCCUAUCAACAAGCAGUGUAUCGCGAUGCCCGCAACCCCACUUUCUGGUGCUCUAUUGGUGUAUUAUAUUAUCAGAUCAACCAAUACCGUGAUGCAUUGGAUGCUUACAGUCGUGCUAUUCGUUUGAACCCUUACAUUUCUGAAGUAUGGUACGAUUUGGGUACCUUGUAUGAAUCUUGCAACAAUCAAGUACAAGAUGCCUUGGACGCUUAUCAAAGAGCUGCUGAAUUGGAUCCAUCCAAUCCUCACAUCAAGCAACGUCUCGAGUUGCUGAGAAAGUCUCAAAAUGUACAAUCAUCACAGCCUAGCAGCGCUCCCGUGCCUCAAGAUGUCAGUAAUCCCAGCCAAUACCAAAGUGGUGGACACAGUGGACAGCCCUUGUCAGGUGCUUCUUACAGUCAAUCUGCCCCUACAGGGCCUCCUUCCAGCAUGUCUGCCUAUCACACUGCUUUGGGUGGCGGCAAUGCUCCUCCACUUCGCCCCAAUGAUGAGCGAGUACCUACACCACAAUUACCUGUUGUCAACCACAACAUGAAUGCGCAUGAAGGCAGCAACGGUCCUGCAAGAGAUCUUCCUAUGCCUGGUGCUCCUCCUGCUAGUGUAGGUCGUCGUUCGCCUGGUCCGUAUGGCCAAUAUCCACCUUCCUCUGCUUCUCAUCUCUCCAGCUCAAAUCAACGUGAAGAUGUCCGUAUUCCUGAUAUUGGUGGAGGCCGUGCACCUACGCCAUCGGAUCGUUCUCAAAUGAAUCCCAUCAUCCAUGAUGAAAGACAGCAGCAGCAGCAUCCUCACCACACCCCACCCUCGCUUCCACCUCAGCAGCAGCACAUGCCUCCUCAGCACAUGUCUCCUCAACAACAGCAUCAAGCUCAACAUCAACAACAGAGCCCACAAACCAACUUACCUCCCAUGAGCAUGCGUCAACCUUACAAAGAAGAGACUCGCUCACCUAAUCCUGCACCCAUGCCUUCCCCUCAUUCUCGACCUUCUCCACGUACUUCACAUCCAUUGGCACCACCUAGUCAAUACGAUCAUCGUUUGUCUCCUCGCGCCGGCCAUAGUGACAGAUUCUAUGAACAGCAACAGCAACAACAACAGCGCUCACCUGCUUCGAGACCCAUGGAAAUCGAUUCAUCCAAUACAUCCUCGCCUCGUGUAGCACAUCGUAGUAAUGAUUAUCAUCGCAUGAAGCAUGAAGAGUACAGCCGUUCCAGUGGCCCUCAGCCUAUGGAUUACGCCAAAGAAGAGGCAAAGAGAGAAGAGCACCAUCAGCAACAACAGCAUCACCAACCUCCUCCUCCUCCACCACCUCAGCAACAACGUCCUGUAGAUGAGGAUUACGAUGAAAGCGCUGCUGACGCUUUAUUAAGUAUGGGUAACCCUCAAUUGGGUCAGAAACGCGUAUUGCAACAUGAGCAAGAGGAAAACAAGAAACCUAGACCUAGUAACGAUGAAGAGGACGAAAACAGAGCUCAUCAGCCUCAAGCAGAGGAAAUCAAAGAAGAGCCUGCACCUGCUGCUGCUGCUGCUGCUACUGCUGCUGCUGCUGCUGCUGCUUCGACCCCUACUACUGCUCCUGCAGCAGCACCCUCCUCGACAUCGACACCAUCCGCACCAGCACCAGCAGCUGUGGAAGAAGAGAAGGAGGAAGGAGAACAUCAGGAAGAAGAAGAGCAAACAUCUACGCCUACUACAGCAUCGCCAUCAGCAGCAGUGAAAGAAGCAGCUUCUGACGAGCAUCCUCACGAAUCAAUAACGCCAUCAACGGCUGCUGCACCUGCACCUGCACCUGCACCUGCUGCUGUUGCACCCACGAAAGAAGAGCCUGAAGAAGGAGAGGUUGAAGAACACGAAGAGGGUGAAGUCAAAGACGACGAGGAACAACAGCUUGAGCAGCAAAAACAAACCGAUGUUGCUCCUACAGCUGCCGUGGCUGCUACCAAUGCUGCUUCAGUGGCUGCAUCACAAUCGACUAUAACAACAGCAAAGGAAGAAUCUACUUCUUAA